UAAAUAUGGAUUAUAUAAGUGGAAAUUCGAAGAGUGAAAAUUAUAAUCCUAGGGAAACUGCUAGUAUUUUUUCUUUAGCAACUUUCUUCUACAAUUACGGAAUUUUAAAAAAAGGCAAGAAAAAAGACAUAGAAGAAAAAGAUAUUUUCAGAGUUUUGCCGCAAUUUGAAGCUGAAAGCUUAGGAGAUAAACUCGAAUAUAAAUGGAAGCAAGAGAAAAAGCGAAGCAAAAAUGCUUCUAUCGCAACUUGCUUAACAAAAUGCUUUGGUUGGACUUAUCUUUGCUAUGCAGUGGUUCAAUUGACUUUUAGUACUGCUGUAAUAUUGCUAACUCCAUUAACCUUCUCAAAAUUCGUUGCAUAUUUUGAACCAGGCCAAACGUCUCUAACCACUCGAGACGCCUUUAAAUAUGCGUUUGCAAUUAUUGGACUCAAUUUAUUCAACGUUUUUUACAAUAACCACUUUGUACAAUUAGUUAUUGAGUAUUCUAUGAGAGUACGAACAGCUGUGUGUUCCUUAAUAUAUAGAAAAGCUUUGAAAUUGAGUCCUAUAGCUUUGGGAGAUGUCUCUAUUGGCAAAGUGGUAACACUUAUGUCGAAAGAUGUUUUAUCAAUCGAUUCAGGAUUGAUGUUUUUGAAAGAUGCGAUUAUUGGAUUGUUACAGUUAGCUGUCGUUAGUUAUAUUUUAUAUCAGAAAGUUGGAGUUUCUGCUUUUCCGGCUGUAGGAGUUAUAUUGGUCAUUAUACCGAUUCAAUUGUUCACUGGUAAGAAAACUAUGGACUGCCGUAUAGAAACUGCAAAGAAAACUGACUCAAGAUUUAAAUUACUACAGGAAACUUUAAGUGCAAUCAAAAUAAUCAAAAUGUACACCUGGCGGGAUUAUUUUGAAAAGCUUAUACAUAAAGCAAGAUUGAUAGAAACUGAUAAAAUAAAAAUAGUCUACUACCUAAAAGCCUUCAUAGUAUCCCUUGGAGGUAGUGCCAUUAACAUUGCGUUCUACGCCCUUAUAGUUUCAUACAUAGCAACAGGAAAUAAUGUCGAUGCUGAAACAAUAUAUUAUGCCCAAGCCUGUUUGGGUACAAUUAGAAUGUCUAUUGCUUUAUCCAUACCAUUAGGAAUUGCACAAGUGUCUGAUAUGAUAGCAGCUUUAAGCAGAAUCCGAGCUUUUUUGAACGCAAAGGAAAUAAAGAAGCCUUUAAGAAACCCAACUAAAAACCCGAAAUUGCAUUUAAGUAACGUACAAGUAGUCAUCAACAAUAAAGAAAUAUUAAAAUCCGUAUCACUAAACAUUACCAAUCAAGGUUUAUUAUUGAUCGCUGGAAAUGUUGGUAGUGGCAAAAGCGCUUUACUUAAAACCAUUUUGGGUGAAUAUCCAGUAUCUGAAGGCGACCUUAUUACUGAAGGAACUUUUUCUUACGCCACAGAGGAGCCUUGGCUAUUCCCUUCGACAAUAAGGCAAAACAUUCUAUUUGGACAACCAUUUAAUGAAAGAAAAUAUCAGGAAGUCCUGAAUAUGUGUGCGUUAACUUAUGACAUAAAUCAGUUCGAUAAAAUGGAUCAAACUAUUGUUGGUGAUAGGGGGAUUAAUUUAAGCAAAGGCCAACAAGCGAGGAUUAGUUUGGCAAGAGCUAUUUAUAAGGACAGCGAUAUUUAUUUAAUAGAUGAUUGUUUGUCUUCAGUAGAUAACCACGUAAAUAAGCACAUAUUCAAUGAAUGCAUCAGAAAAUUCCUCAAGGAAAAAAUUUGCUUAUUUGUGACGAAUAAUAUCAACAAUAUCAAAACCGUAAAUAACAGUGAUAUUUUGUUUAUUGAAAAUGGUGCCACAUUAACUUUGGAUCAACAACGUGAUGCUUUGGAUAAAAGAAUCACUUAUUACAUAGACGAAGAUAAUAUCGACAAUAAAUGGAAAGAAUCUAUGAGAAUUAGUCAGCUCAAUGAUGAAGAAUCAAUUAGUGAAGAUUUCAAUGAAAUCGAUAAUUUAUUAGAAUCAAAUGGACAUUCAACAUUGGAUGAAAAUUUGUAUCAUGAAACAAAAAAAGAAGGAAAAGUACUUUGGAACAAUUACGUCCGCUUUUUUAGAUUUAUUGGAGGUAUUUUUGUAACCAUUUAUAUGCUUGUUGUUUUUGCAGCAGCACAGUUUUGUGCAUCGUACUCAGAUAAAUUGAUAAGUUUAUGGGUGAAUUUAGAACCAAAAAUAACCAAUCUGACUCUUCACAAUCUAACAAACACUUCAGAUUAUCAAGAAAGUAUAAAGUCUCGAGAACAAUUUUUCAACAUUUACACAAUCCUCACAGUGGGCAUGCUGAUUAUGUUUCUACUCAGAUCAUAUUCAAGCUUCUUUUUUUGUAUGAAUGGAGCUAGAAAACUGCAUAGAGCUAUGGUCAAGUCUAUGCUGAGUGCCUACAUGUAUUUCUACGACGAUCAUUUUAUUGGGAAUAUAAUUAAUAGAUUGUCGAAGGAUUUUCAUAUCAUAGACGAGUACAUUCCGUUCCUCGUCUUCGAAUGGUAUAGACUUUUUUUCGCUGUAGUUGGCGUCUUUAUACUUGUAGCCACAGUAAACUGGACAUUUUUUAUACCGGCCGCAUUCCUUCUAGUUAAGCUCGUCCUAAUGCAAAAACUUUAUCAACCAGCUGGCAGAAGUUUAAGACGACUCGAAGCUACAACAAGAAGUCCUAUUAUUGGCUACUUAAACUCAACCCUCGAAGGUUUAGCAAUAAUAAGAGCUUCAGAGCAACAAAAUAAACUUCAAGCAGAAUUUGAUAAGCAUCAGGAUCUUUUUACUUCAACUUCAUACAUGAAUACGACCACAUCGAGAUUUUUUCAAUUCGUACUUGAUAUUUCUGGAGUAUUUUUCAUGGUUGGAAUUAUUAUGAAACUAGUGGUUUUUCCAGAGGGUGCAAAACCAGGUGACGUUGGUUUAGCUAUUAGCCAAGCCACAAUGCUUUCAAUGCUUCUACAAUACACUGUUAAACAAUUAACUGAAAUAGAAAAUGUUAUGACGUCAAUAGAACGUGUUUUUGAGUAUACUGACGUUAAAGGGGAACCCAAAGCUGGAAAGACACCAACCAAUUGGCCUUCCAAUGGAAAUAUUAGAUUUAAUGAUGUUUCAUUGACAUAUAAAACUGAUGGCAAAACUGUGCUGAAGAAUAUUAGUUUUGAGAUUGAAGGCCAGAUGAAAGUUGGUAUUGUGGGAAGGACUGGUGCUGGAAAGUCUUCAAUAAUAUCUUCUCUAUUUAGACUAUAUAAUUUUGAUGGGCAAAUUUCUAUUGACGAUGAAAAUAUAAAUGGCUUAUCACUAGACUAUUUAAGAUCCCAUAUCAGCCUUAUACCGCAAGAUCCAGUACUAUUUUCCGGCACCAUUAGAACCAAUAUCGAUCCGUUUAAUAAAUAUUCUGAUGCAGAUAUUUGGAAAGCUCUAGGAAAGGUUCAUAUGAAAUCAUCUGUAACCAGUCUCAAUAAAAUAAUUGAUGAUCUUUCUGCAACGUACAGCUCAGGUCAAAAACAGCUCAUCUGCCUAGCAAGAGCCCUAGUGCAAAAUAAUAAAAUCAUUGUCCUGGACGAGGCUACGGCCAAUUUAGAUCCAGAAACUGAUCAGCUUUUACAGAAAACUGUGAAGGAAUGCUUUGUAAAUUGCACAGUGAUAACUAUAGCUCACAGGUUACAUUCUGUGUUGUCUUGUGAUAAAGUGUUGGUAUUGGAUGCUGGUAGGAUAGUGGAAUAUGAUGAGCCUGAUACUUUGUUGGAGAAUGCCAAUGGGUAUUUAUAUAAGAUGGUAAAAGAGGAAAGUUGUUUGAGUCUGUAAGGCAGGCAAUGAUGUUCAUUUAAUAAAUUGUGAAUAAGGACUUAAAACUGUGUUUUAUUUUAAUGAUUAAAUAAGUAGUGACUUUCUGAGCCAAGCUACUAUUCAACUGGAGGUUAUUGCAGCAGACUCUAGAAUAUAGAGAGCAAAUCAUUUACAACUAUCUUGUAUCACUUCCUGAAAAUUCUUGCUUAGUUGAAUAGAUUUACCAGAACUAAUCUUCUGUCAAGACUCAUAAAUUUCAAUUCCUCUUAUUAUCAUUUUAAUAAAUAUCGAGAAGACAAAUCAUUUAUUGAGAGGUUUCAACUCUGGUGCAUAAAAAGUUUCAUCGGAAAACUCUAAGAACGGCUUUAGUAUCUGACGUCUCUGUAUUUUCCACCAGAUAUUUAAGGUAGAUCCUCUGAUGCUUCCUACAAAGCUAACUUGGUUGAAGUUUUAUAAGUUAGUCAAUAAGAAUCACAAUUUAUUAAUAAAAACAAUUUAUUUACAAAAUAAUCUUUAUCUAUUAGUCUCCAAUAUCUGCCCAUCUUUCAAAGUAACUACCUUAUCACACCAUAAUAAAGAGCUUGAUUCAUUUGCUACCAUUAUUACAGUGCAACUCUUAAAACUACUUUCUAUGAGCUUUUUCACAAACAUUCCCAUAUCUGUAUCCAGAUUUGACGUUGGCGCAUCGAGAAUUAGAAUUUUGUUUUGGGAGAUUAAAGCUCUCGCUAGGCAUAGCAAUUGCUUCUCACCUACGCUGUAAUCCCUAAUAGGUUGAUCCAAAUUAGAUACAAAUUUCUUCAUUCGGACAUCUUCCAAAGCCUUCCAAAUAUCUUCAUCAGUAAAUUCAAGAAGAGGAUCUAUAUUGGUUCUAAUGGAGCCAGAAAAUAGUUUUGGAUCUUGUGGUAUUAGAGUUAUCCGAGAUCUUAGGCAGUCUAAUGAUAGAAGAUUUAUGUCUUCAUUGUCAAUUGAAAUUUUUCCUUGAUAAUCAUGAAGUCUUAAUAAUGUUGACACAAAAGAAGUCUUUCCAGUUCCACUUUUCCCAAUAAUUCCAACUUUUUCUCCACCAUCGAUUUCCAAAUAAAUAUUAUUCAAACCUGCUUCAUUGUUAGUCAAUGAUACAUUGUGAAACUGGAUUUUUCCAUUGGAGGGCCAAUGUGCUACAAAUUUUUCAGUUGAUUUUUCUGAUGCGGCAUUGGAGUACUCCAGAAUUCUUUCUGUUGAGGUCAUAGCAAUUUCUAGUUCGGUAAAUUGCCUGAUAGCAUACUGCAGUGUUUGGGAUAGAAGCAUGGAUUGGAUGACUAUUAGGCUUAU